AUGUCCUUGUGGCUGGAGGCCCCUGUGCCUGACAUUUCUUCUGACUCUGCAGUGGAGCUGUGGGAGCCACAUGUGCAAGAUGCAAGCGGCCAGGCACUGGGAGGCAGGACCUGCAUCCUUAGGGGGGAAGCUAGCAGGCCCCAGUCCACUGGGGGCACUUUGGGAGUGGGGCUGGAGGCAGCAGAGCCUGCAGCUCUGCUCCCUGGAGAGGAUGCCCUUCCAGAGUCCACAGAGUUCCAUCCACAAAAGCGAAAAAAGGGGCCAGCCCCCAAAAUGCUGGGGAACGAGCUGUGCAGUGUGUGUGGGGACAAGGCCUCCGGCUUCCACUACAAUGUGCUGAGCUGUGAGGGCUGCAAGGGAUUCUUCCGCCGCAGUGUCAUCAAAGGGGCACGCUAUGUCUGCCACAGCGGGGGCCACUGCCCCAUGGACACCUACAUGCGUCGCAAGUGCCAGGAGUGUCGCCUUCGCAAAUGCCGCCAGGCUGGCAUGCGGGAGGAAUGCGUCCUGUCAGAAGAACAGAUCCGCCUGAAGAAACUGAAGCGGCAAGAGGAGGAACAGGCUCAGACCACAUCAGUGCCCCCAAGCGCAUCCUCACCUCCCCAAGUCUUGCCCCAGCUCAGCCCAGAGCAACUGGGCAUGAUUGAGAAACUGGUGGCUGCCCAGCAACAGUGUAACAGACGCUCCUUUUCUGACCGGCUCCGAGUCACGCCUUGGCCCAUGGCACCCGAUCCCCAGAGCCGGGAGGCCCGUCAGCAGCGCUUUGCCCACUUCACUGAGCUGGCCAUCAUCUCUGUGCAGGAGAUCGUUGAUUUUGCCAAACAGCUGCCUGGCUUCCUGCAGCUCAGCCGGGAGGACCAGAUCGCCCUGCUGAAGACCUCUGCGAUUGAGGUGAUGCUUCUGGAGACAGCUCGGAGGUACAACCCUGGGAGCGAGAGUAUCACCUUCCUCAAGGAUUUCAGUUACAAUCGGGAGGACUUUGCCAAAGCAGGACUGCAGGUGGAGUUUAUCAACCCCAUCUUCGAGUUCUCCAGAGCCAUGAAUGAGCUGCAACUCAAUGAUGCUGAGUUCGCUUUGCUCAUUGCCAUCAGCAUCUUCUCUGCAGACCGGCCCAACGUGCAGGACCAGCUCCAGGUAGAGAGGCUGCAACACACUUACGUGGAGGCCCUGCAUGCCUACGUCUCCAUCCAUCACCCCCAUGACCGGCUGAUGUUCCCACGGAUGCUAAUGAAACUGGUGAGCCUCCGAACACUGAGCAGUGUCCACUCAGAGCAAGUGUUUGCACUGCGCCUGCAGGACAAAAAGCUUCCCCCGCUGCUCUCUGAGAUCUGGGACGUGCACGAAUGACUGUUCUUCCUCCAUGUCUUCUGUUUUCUGGGCUGAAUGGCUGAGGCCCUGUGGUUGUUUUCCUAGAGGUGGGGCAGACUGAGAGGGGUAAACAUUCCUGGGAGCUGGGCAAAGUAUAUCAUCAUGUGGCAUUAAAAGAGAGUCAAAGGGUU